GCGCAGUUUGGCUAGCAGCCAUCACGCCACCAGGGCUCGGGGCUGCUGGGACCCUCCUGGGUACUGCGCAGCAGGUCCUUGAUCUUGGCACACCUGUACCCCCUGGGCAUCCUGUCAUCCCUGGUGUCUCUCCCUUGGAGCUGCCUUGUCCCCAGCCAGACACACUUGCAUUUUCCAGUGCAGGUUUGGAAAGAUGCUGCCUUUGGAGAAGGCAUUUGCCUCCCCCAGAGGCUCCCCGACUCCCCCAGAACUGCCCACUCCAGAGUCAGCAGCUGAGGUCCAGCAGGAGGAACCCAAGACUGAGACUGUCACCGAGAGGACCCCUGCCGACCUCGAGUUCUCUCGCUUGCGCUUCCGGGAAUUUGUCUACCAGGAAGCUGCUGGGCCCCACCAGACCCUGGCCCGCCUCGACGAGCUGUGCCGCCAGUGGCUGAUGCCCGAGGCGAGCUCCAAGGAGCAGAUACUGGAGCUGCUGGUGCUGGAGCAGUUCCUGGGCAUCUUGCCAGACAGGGUCCGGCCCUGGGUGGUGGCGCAGUAUCCCGAGAGCUGCAAGAAGGCGGCCUCCCUGGUGGAGGGCCUCGCUGAUGUGCUGGAUGAGCCAGGGAUGCUGCUGGAUUCACCGACUGGGUCCUCGGUGCCAAGCGAGGGUGUGUACGAGAGGUUCCCCGAGCCACUGCUGUUUCCAUUCGAGCUACCGAGCCCCAGCCAGUACCUGGGACGUGGGUACCCCCCGACUCGGGUCGAGACUCCUGUGACUGCCCUUCUCCCAGCCUGGCCCUCCAUGGAACCCCUGCAUCCAGAGCUGGGGAGCAUUGGAGAGGAAAAGACUGAAGAGGCCGACCCUGCCACAGCUGAGAAGCCAGAGUCCUUUUUGGAGGAGCCUCUGCACCAGGAGGAGUGGGGCCACCUGGACCCCACUGAGGAGAACAUGGAGAGCUACGGGAAGCUGCUCCUGUGGGGGUAUCAGUUUUCCCAGCCUGAUGCUGCCUCCAGCCUGGAGACGGAGGACCUUCGGUUGGUGGAAAGAGAGUCGGCAGGAGGCAACCUCCCAGGCAGCGAGAAGCAGCAGGAAGGCACAAGGAACAAGGGUGAGGACGUUUCCACAAGUGAGACGCCGACAGAAAGGCUCAAGGGGGACUGUCCUGCUGACCCCUCGGGUGUCACUGAGGAGGAGCAGCAGCAGCAGCCCCGGAAGACUCCAGAUCCUCAGGAUGGAGAGUCGAGCCCUGUCUCUGAAAAUCAGAGGCAGUCGUUCGUCCAGCAGCUAGCGGAGGACAAGGACGAGGCCAUGGUGGCCACCCCCCAGCAGGGCCACGGAAUGAAGCGGCCCCACCCCGAAGAUGUGGAAGAGCAGGGCCCUGAGCCUGGCGAGGCAAGCAGGGAGCCUGACGUAGCCAGGCAAGAUCCGGGCCCCUCAGCUUCAGGCUGCCCCGCGGCCGAAGAGCCCGACGCAUACCAGGGGAAGCCCUACACCUGCAGCGAGUGCGGGGAGGCCUUCGUGUGGAUCUCGCACCUCAUGGAGCAUCACAGCAGCCACGGGGGCAGGAAGCGCUUCGCGUGCCAGGACUGCUGGAAAACCUUCCACUUCAGCCUGGCACUGGCCGAGCAUCAGAAGACCCAUGAGAAGGAGAAAGGCUAUGCGCUGGGGGCGGUCCUGGGCUCCCACCCUACCACCAGCGAGGCCCACGCCAGUGGCAGGGCCGGCGAGCUCCCGGAGAGCUCAGAGCGCCAAGUUCGCCUUGGGCCACCGGAGGUGGCGGCGGCGGAGGAGGAGGAGGUGGCAGAGGCAGAGGUGGCAGAGGCAGAGGCGGCAGAGACAGAGGCGGCAGAGACAGAGGCGGCAGAGGCAGAGGGAGAUUCCCCAGUGACGUGUCUCACUCUCAGCCGUCAGGGCCACAGAUAG